GCACGCUAUCCAAUCUUUUCGACGGUCGAGCCGACCGAGUGUCAUUAACACUUCAGACGCGUGUCUCCUUCUUCAGGUUCAACUCGACUCCGUUAAGACAUCAAGAUGGGCAUCUCUAUGGAACGCAAGGGCGAAUACUUCAUCAAGUUGGAGAACUUGUUGGAAACGUACAACAAGAUCUUCUUGGUGUCCGUGGACAACGUCGGGUCCAACCAGAUCCAGCAAAUCCGUAUCGCGUUGCGCGGCACGGCCGAGGUGCUCAUGGGCAAGAACACGAUGAUCCGCAAGGUCUUCAACAACUUCGUCCGCAAGAACCCUGGUCACCCCCUCGAAGCGUUGAUCCCUGCCCUCCGCGGCAACGUCGGCUUUGUGUUCACCAACGGUGACCUCGGCAAGGUGCGCGAAACGUUGGAAGCCAACAAGGUGCCUGCCCCCGCGCGUGUCAACGCCGUGGCCCCCGUCGAUGUGUGGUGCCCUGCCGGUCCCACCGGUUGCGACCCCGGCCAGACUUCGUUCUUCCAAGCCUUGCAAAUCGGUACCAAGAUCCAAAAGGGUCAAAUUGAAAUCGUCGCCGACGUGCUCUUGACCAAGGCCGGCGAAAAGGUCGGUAACUCCGAAGCCGUCUUGUUGCAAAAGUUGAACAUCCGCCCGUUCUCGUAUGGUUUGAUCAUUGUCAGCGUGUACGACAACGGUUCCAUCUUCGACCCCGCUGUCUUGGACUUGACCGAAGACAACUUGACCCAAAAGUUCGUCGCCGGUCUCCGCAACGUGGCCGCGUUCUCGCUGGCGUUGGGCUUCCCUACGCUCGCGUCGAUCCCUCACUCGUUGGCCAACGCCUUCAAGACCCUCGUUGCCAUUGCCGUGGAAUCGGAAAACUUCUCCUUCAAGAAGGCCGACCCGUUCAAGGCGUACUUGGCUGAUCCGUCCGCGUUCGCCUCGGCGGCCCCUGCUGCCGCCGGUGGUGCUGCCCCGGCCGCCGCCGCCGCUGCCCCCGUGGAAGAAGAUGAAGAAGCUGAUGUCGGUGCCGGUGACAUGUUUGGCGGCUCGGACUAUUAAGCGAUUGUUGGUUGCAACACGUUUGCCUUGACGACUGUACGGGGUGCACGCAUCCCAUGAAGUGUUAAGUAAUAUGACAAGUGCCUACCUGUCAA